AUGAAAACGCUGGCACGCGAGAUUAACGCGACGCUGUUGGCAAUGGAGAACUCAGGUGCAAUAUCGCCAAUCGACCGACGCAUGGCGAGAGCACAAGAAACGACCCUAGCCCGAUUCUACGGUCUCACAAAAGUGCACAAAGAGGGCGCUCCUCUCCGGCCUAUCGUAUCACUAAAGGGCACUCCAACCUACGGACUGGCAAAGUGGCUGUUCCAACGUCUCAAUUUUCUGACCUCCGAUUCGAGCACCACAUUCAGCUCGUCAACGCAAUUCUUGGAGAAACUUAAAGGAGUAAGUCUCCUGUCAAGCGAUAUCAUGGUUUCCUUUGAUAUGACGUCCCUUUUUACUUCUAUCCCGCAGGACCUGGCAGUCGAGACAAUCGAACUACUCCUACGAGAGAAAUACGACGAAACGGAGAAUCGCCUUGGACACGCCCAAAUCAUCCAGGUCCUGAGGUUCUGUCUCAAGACGUACUUUACAUUCGACGGAACAAUCUACGAGCAGGUGAAGGGAACGCCAAUGGGUUCGUCGAUUUUGGGACUCAUAGCCGAGGUGGUCCCACAACGACUGGAGUCGCUGGUUUUCCGACAUCACAGACCGAAAUUUUUGGCUCGGUAUGUGGAUGACACCUUCGUCGUCAUCGAACGGGAUCAGGUGCCUACGUUCAAAGAGCAUCUCAACGCCGUCUUUCCGGGCAUUCAAUUUACGAUGGAGGAGGAGGAAAACAAUCAGCUGGCCUUCCUAAAUGUCCUCGUCUGCCGCAAAGAUUGUGGUGAACUAAAAACCAAAGUGUUCAGGAAAGCGACCAAUACGACGCAAAUACUGAACUUCAUUAGCAACCACCCGAUCAGUCACAAACGCAGUUGCGUAAGGGCGCUAUACUGGCGCGUUGAGACGCACUGCAGUGAAAUGGAAGAAAAGAUUGCUGAAUUACAAUAUCUUCAACGGGUUAUGAGAGCCAAUGGUUACCCGCGCAACUUUGUCAACCAGUGCAUACGAAAAGAACACCAGAGACCAAAUCCAACUAGCCCCAAAUUUGGCAGAUUCUUCCUUACGUGA